AUGUCUCACCAGGACGAGAUGGACCCCACGGCUCCACGAGCUCGCCACCUACGACGUCAGGAACAGCCGGCGAUGGCACAUGAAGUGGGAGAGCGAACAAUUACCACACCGAAUGGGUCACGCUGCCAUCACCAGCACGAGCUUCGUGCAAGCGAAGUUGAAGCGAAUCUCGACAAGAACACCCACGAGCACGCUUCCAGAAAGUGCUGGUGUUUGUUCGGUCAUUCGGCUCUUGAACAAAAAGUCCCCUCCACCUUUGAACCGAAGUGGCAACAAGGAAUCCCAGCUGCUGAUCGCAGGCAUGUGAAAGUCGGGGUCGCAAGGUUCCCAACGCCCAGCUGUCAAUCUCGGCCCUUGGCUGUGCCUGGCACCGUGGGCGAUAUACCGCGCAAGGUGGGAGAGCUAGAGAAGGAUAGCAAGUGCGAGGAUUUUGGACGGGUUGUAGGUUCGCUGCAUCCCAGUGCCGCGGCGGUGAUGUGGAUGCUAGUCGCAAGCCACCGUCACCGAGAGCUUGUCACCGGAAAGGAAAAAGACAUGACGAUGGAAGAUCGUCGUCGAGGUGGGUUGGGAAAACGCCCAAUUUCGUUUAGGGUCGAUCGUCCGCUGGGCGGAAGUGCUGCAGGAACAAUUCUCGUGAAGAAGCGACGGCGGAAAGUCUGA